AUAUAAUGUAGCCAGUACGUUGUAGACAGAAAGACACACAUUUAACUGGAUGUUCUCUGCAUGGAAGAUCAGGUGAGAACCUGAAUGGUGUACAAAAACAUCAGUUCCCAGAAUGCAGUGGUGCCAGUGGGCGGAGGGUUGGAGGAAGCAGUCUUACCUGCCAGGAAAGUCUACAGGGUCAGGGCAGGAUGAUGCCUUCGACUUCCUGUUCAAGAUCAUCCUUAUUGGAGACUCCAACGUGGGCAAAACAUGCGUGGUCCAGAGCUUCAAGACCGGGGUCUUUGCUGAGAAGCAACAGAACACUAUCGGAGUGGACUUCACUGUUCGGACCUUGGACAUUGAGGGAAAGAAGGUUAAGAUGCAGGUGUGGGACACAGCGGGGCAGGAGCGGUUCCGCACCAUCACCCAGAGCUACUACCGCAGCGCCCACGGCGCCAUGAUCACCUACGACCUGACGCGCCGCGGCACCUUCGAUUCCGUCGCGCACUGGAUCCGCGAGGUGCACCAGUACGGAGCUGCUAGUGUGGUGCUCAUACUCAUAGGGAACAAGGCAGACCUGGAUUCUCAGCGGCAGGUGCUUUUUGAGGAUGCAUGCACGCUGGCCGAGGAGCAAGGGGUGCUGGCUGCCCUGGAGACGUCUGCCAAAGAGUGCCAGAACGUGGAGGAGGCCUUCAUGCUAAUGGCCAGGGAGCUGAUGGUGCGGAAUGGCAUGAUGGUCCAACAGCAGCCGGGAUACCAGGACUCCUCCCAUGUCCUCCUGCGCACCAACUCCCGCACAAUCAACAGCCCAGGGCCUUCGGAGAAGAAGUCAUGUGAUUGCUGAGAAGCAACGGAGGGAGAGGAGGAGCACAGGGGAAGGGCAAUGGCUGUGAGGAACCCUGGCCAGAGUGGGUAACUCUGCGACUGUCCUGCAGCAGCCUGGCGCUUCCCCUCUCGAUAGUGAAAGCGGAACGUGAUGUCACGUUACUGCUUUCCACAAAAAGUGUCUGGCCCUUAAGAUGGGCUACAGUGUGGGUCACGUGACCUGUAGAAUGCAACUGCUAGGGAAAAAGGGAAAAGAAACGAGGUGUCACUCAAGGCUUGCUUGAGUUGUUGUGAUUGCAACAGCAGGAAGUACUGUAAAACUCAGCACUCGAGUGCUGUUUUAUAUUUUAUUUUAAGCUGUGAACACAAACGCUGCAGUGCAGCUCUUUCUGUGUUAUUUUAAAGUCGCUCUGGGCUUUUAAAGGUGACGAGCUUUGGCUCAGUGCCGUCUUGCCUACAGCACCUCAUCACACCAAUGUCACAACAGUGAUGAGGUGGAAAUCACAGUAGUAAAAAAAGCAAGUGGAAUGUGUGCUGUGAUCGUGUCAGAUGGAAGAAGUCAUACCACUGGCAGGACUUUUGGUUUCAUGUUCCAUUCUGUCUGAAUGAAUGUUACUCUCUCAGUGCCAGAUGCACACUUGUACGUAUUAUGUUUUAUUUCCUAACAGAAACGUGUUUCAGUGUCUUAAUGAACAUUUUAGACAGGAUGUAGAUUCUUCUCUUCUAUUCCUUUUGUUUCCAUUAUUGUAUGUCCUUUGAGACGAAUUGUGCUGACAUAUUUACAAUAACACUGGUCCUGUGUCCAUUGUAAUUUUGGCUAUUUAUUUGUGCCUUAGACGAAGUCCGCAUGCCGAUAUUGUAUCAUUGCUAAUUUGCAAUAAAUGCAUGCAAAAUGUGUUGGGUUUUAAAA